AAGUAAGCAGGUAACAUUAGUCAUCUUCUAUAUAACAACUUCUCAAGUUCUCUUUUUAACUCUCAUCGCCCCAUCUCUCUCUUUCUCAAGAAGACAACAAAUGGACUUCUUCUCUCUUUCACUCAUCUUCCUUCUCCUUGUCCUCUGCUUCAAUAACCCCGUUCUCUCCCUAACUGAUGAUCAGCCAUUGAUCUCUUCUCUCAAACUUCAUGAAAAAGAGAGCUGCCCUUACACUGUGAUUGUCACCACAAGCUGUUUAUCUCCUGAUUGGUCUAAGGAUCAGAUCACUAUCGCUUUAAGUGACGCCAACGGUAACCAGGUGGUCGCACCGAGGCUAAACGAACCGUUAAGUGGAGGACGAGGAGGUUUCGAGAAAUGUUCGUCGGACACAUUCCAAAUCAAAGGUGAAUGUCUCAACACUAUCUGCUCCGUCUACAUCUACCGUUCCGGUCUCGACGGCUGGAUCCCUGAAACCGUCGAGAUAUUCAAGGAAGGUUCCAAAUCCGUGAAAUUCGAUUUCAAUGAAAACGUCCCUGAGAACAUUUGGUCCGGCAACAACAACUGCAACAACACCAGUUUGUCACCUUCUUCGCCGUAUAUCCCGCCGUUGUCCCCUACCGUCCCACCGCCUUCUUUUCCUCCGGAACCACCUUUUAUCCCGCCACCGCCACCACGGCCAUCUGCUGCCUUUGGACGUAGAGGUGGUGCGUGUUUGGUUGUUGCGUUCGCUGCGAUUGCGUUUGCCUUUGCGGCAGUGGUUGUUUGAGUUAUUAGUGAACCUAUAAUAAGUACAUGGUGUAAGACCUUUGUAGUUGGAUAUUGUGGAAACAUUAAUUAGUUAAUGUAUGAGUUAGAGACUCUAACUUAAGAGUUGUGAAGUAUCCAACAUGAACUCUCCAUCAAUGUUUUG